UCUUCAACAAUGAGGCUUCUACACUCGCUAAUUCCCUCGAUUCUGCUCUCUGGGGCUUGCAUUGUGUCGGCCGCCUCUUCAUGGAGCUUCGAAGACGGCACCGUCACGGUUCAGAGUAAAGGUGCUGGAGUAGGUGCAGGCGCAAAGGAAAAAUUGAAUCCUUCAAGCCCGUUGGCGAAAUCAGUCUCGUUGGGCGCCGCGGACACGCUGAAGCUACAACUUACCACCGUUGACGGAAAGAAAUCGCAGCGGCCCCAUCAAGCAUUCCUCACCCUUACAGACUCAGCAACUGGCCUCGAGGAGUCUUUUGUGCUCAGUGUGAAGGAAAGCGGCAAGGGAAAGGUUGAUUUGACCCACAAGGACCUUCCACACCAAUUCCUCACUUCCGCGAAGCCGAUCGCCGCAUCCAUUGUCAUUGGCUCUUUUGGAUCAUCUACGCCAUACAAGGCCAAGGUGUUUGACCUGAAUGUGGCUCGCGAUCCCAAUGUCCCUCUCGCUGUUCCCGAGAAGCCGCUCCGCUACGCGGUCGACAAGGAGAUCCACCAUAUCUUCCGCGCUGAUCCCCGAUCGUCCCCCAAGAUAAUAACACUGGUAUUUGCAGCCGCUGUCAUCGGUGCGUUGCCCGUACUGUUUGGUGUGUGGGCCACUCUAGGCGCCAACGCGAAUCAUUUGGGCAAGGCCCUCGGGAGCGCGCCCAUCUCUCACGCGCUUUUCUACGGCUCUAUCCUUGCCAUGGAGGGCAUUUUCUUCCUCUACUACACGAGCUGGAACCUUUUCCAGACUCUACCGGCAGCCGCUGUUGUGGGUUUCGUGGCUUUCCUGAGUGGAAGCAGGGCGCUCUCCGAGGUACAAGAGCGUCGCUUGGCUGGGCUUAGAUGAUCUUUGAAUGUGUUCAGGGGGUAUUUGCAGGGGAAUGUAUGUGUACACCGCGGAGAGGGGACGGGUUUGCAAUCGCAUGGAAAAAGUCUUUGACAGCUUGUUUAGGUGUGUACGAACGAGAUAAGAAAUAGAAGACGCCCACUUUUCAACAGCAGUCCUCAGAUGAUCAGGUGUAGUGGAAAUGGAAUCUCUGCAUGCAGGCUACCCUUUAGC